UUUUUUAUGAAUUCAACCAUGUAUAAUAAAGUUGCGUUCCGAGAAAUCAUUUUCGAGAAUUAAUUACAAACGCCUCCGUAUAUACGCUAUUUGUGCCCGUCCAUGUGACCGAUUUCUUUACGCAACACAUUUUGUCCGCAUCUUCUCUUAAUAACAGAUGACUACAUCAUAACUGGUAAAACAUAUUUUGUAACGAACAAAAGAGAACUUUAAUAUGUCAAAAGUCAAGUUGAAUGCGUCGUGUAACAGAUUACUAUGCGGCGAGACAGACUAAUUUUAGAGGCUUCCUUCAUUAAUAACAAUAGACGGAUAGAUGUAUACAUUACAUGUUGCACUUAUUUAUUACUUAUUGUUUUAGGUAGAAAUGAUAGUAAUAUCUUAAGACAUCAUAGAUCGCAGCUAUUUCUAUAACUUUAAUUUAAAAUCUACGGAAAAGAUGAAAUAGGUGGAAAAAUUGAAUUGUAAUAGAACAAUACAAGAACGUUGUAAGUGAUAUGAAAUAGAUAAUGUAGACAUAUAUAUCAUUUGAGCAGUAGUAUAAAAUGCCGUCACUUUGCCAGCGUCACUCUAGUACAUUACACUGUCUUAUCAUGUACUAUUAUCGCAGUAUGUUUUGUACGACCUUUUACUAUUAAUGGGCAAGAGCAGCAUUAUGGCAGAGAAUAUUUAGUAAUAUGUUUAUUAGAAAAUAGAACAAAGAUCAGAUCUGUUCAUAAUGCUGGAGAGCAUAGCAGAGAUAUUGGACAGUUAAGAAAUCGUGUAGAAUUUAUACGUAAUAGAGAUAGUAGAGAUGAAAGUCAUCGAUGAGUCAGAAUAAAUAAUACGUAAAUGAAAAUUAAGAUUUUUUUCAAGAAAGUUUGCAACUAAUUGUAAAAGGAGUACGGAAAAGAUGAAAUAGGUGGAAAAAUUGAAUUGUAAUAGAACAAUACAAGAACGUUGUAAGUGAUAUGAAAUAGAUAAUGUAGACAUAUAUAUUAUUUGAGCAGUAGUAUAAAAUGCCGUCACUUUGCCAGCGUCACUCUAGUACGUUACACUGUCUUAUCGUGUACUAUUAUCAGUGUGAAUUAUUAAUAGCUACGAGUAGUAGGUAUGUAUUGAUAUUUUGAAAAUGUCUACUAAUCUUUAUAUGUUUUUUUCACAAUUUUACAAUUUUAUUAUUUUUUGUCAAAUAUAAUAUAACUUUAUAUUAGUCAUGUUUUUCUUACAGUAUAGCAAAGAUAUUUCUUGGUACUUCGGAUCUUUUGUAGAAAAUAUGUAGAAAAUACGCAGACGUUUAUGUAUUACGUUAUUCAACUUCUUUAUUGAAACAGACCUCCCUUGAAAAACAAAUAUUUUAAAAAAGCAAAAUGCAAUUCAAUCCGAGAAACGUCAUAAUACUGCUGUUUACUGCUGCUACUUUUAAUUUGCCACAAACUCCUGUUACAAAUGAGGAAAUGGAAGUAAAAGAGAAAAUAGAAAACAUGCUGCAAAAAAUGUACGAGGAUAAAUACGAAAUUGAAGAAGAAGAUUCUCUUGAUUUUGAAAAUUCAUUUGAUAUACCUGAAACAGAACCAGUAGCAGAGAAAGAAGAAAAUGAAAACGAAAUAACAUAUGUAAAGGAAAUGAUAUGUGUAAAUGAUGAUAUUCCAAUUGAAUAUAAAAGAAAUGCUGUUGAGUUUUGGAAACCUGUUAAUUCAAUUAAGACAAAACCUCUCGAGUCUGUGAAACAUAGAUUUCGGAAAGUUACAUCCUUACGUCAAUUACGAAGAUGGCAAGAACAAGUGAAUAGAGGUGGAACUAGAUUGCAGAAGCUGAAAGAAAUUGCAUCAUAUACAUUAGAGAAAUUCAAAGAAGGUCUUGAGAAAGGAGUAAUUAUUCACGACACUGAUAUUACUCGAUGGGCCCUGAAAGCGCAACAGGAAAUAAAUGCACCAGGAUUUACAGCAUCAAUUGGAUGGGUAAAAAGAUUUAAGCUAGCACAUAAUAUUGUUUCCCGAAAAAUUACAAAAUUUGUUACAAAAAAGACUUUGCAAUCAAAGAAAAUCUGA